AUAGUGUUUCCAGCAGGUAUACUUCAGCCACCUUUCUUCAAUAAAGACUAUCCCAAGGCGUUGAAUUAUGGUGGCAUAGGUGUAGUAAUUGGUCACGAGAUCACACACGGCUUUGAUGAUUCAGGUAUACAAUAUGAUAAGGAUGGUAAUCUGUUACAAUGGUGGAGUGAUGAUGCUAUUGACCAGUUUAAAGCUAAGGCUCAAUGUAUUAUAGACCAAUAUUCCACUUAUAUAUUACCGGAAGCAAACAUGAAUGUAAAUGGUAUCAAUACACAAGGUGAGAACAUAGCCGAUAAUGGUGGUUUAAAACAAAGUUAUAGAAUAUGGUGCAACAAAGUUAGAGAAGAGGCAGCUAUUAGACAAAUUUUAACUGGAGUUCACAGUCCUCCAAAUUUAAGAGUAAUUGGAUCUGUACAGAACUCAAAAGAUUUUUCUGAUGUAUUUGGCUGCUCAUCAUCCACUAACAUGAAUCCAGAGAACAAAUGUUACGUUUGGUAA